UGUUUAGUUAGUGUUGAUCAAACCUCGCCCAUAGCAAGAUGUGGUUGAGGUUGAUAUUUUGUGUUUGCCUACCAUUAGUUACCGGUAGGGGAUUCCAUUGCUACUGGAAUAAUAAAAAUCCAUACACAUAUUUUGGAAGUAAAACCCCUUAUGAGGCUGUUAGGGGUGACUUUAGGGACGUUCCGCCCAUGAAAGGCUGUGAACCGGUUAACGUGUGGUUUAUUACAAGGCAUGGAACUCGACAUCCGAGCCCAAUGGAUGCUGCCGCAAUGAAAGAGGCAUCCGCUCUUAAAUAUGAGAUUAUAAAGAGCUAUAAGAAAGGUAGAGGAGAAAUGUGCGCGCAGGACAUCUCAGAUCUUCAAAACUGGAAGUGGACUAACUUAGAUGACAAUCCUUCAAUACUUACACAAGAAGGCUUCGAUGAAUUGCUGGCAUUUGGCCAGAGAUUUCGAGAGAAAUUUUCUUCUUUCUUAGAUAAUCUGAACCAAUCCCGUAUCAGAUCGACGGAUGAAAAACGAACACGUAAAAGUGCUAAAGGAUUUAUUAAAGGAUUAAAAGAUAUCGGCGCAAAUGUAGUUGUCGAUGAUCCGAUACGAGAAGAUGCUGUAGCUAGGCCAUACAGAUUUUGUAAGAAACGAGGAGGUGAAGUCAUAAACAGCACACAAGCCUCUGAAGAAAUCAGUCGUUAUCAGGAAGCUCCUGAAUUCAAAGAGUUACAACAAAACGUACAAAAAAGGAUAGGUAUUGAUCAUGAAUUACAUCCUCGAACUAUUAUGGGUUUCUACGACCUUUGCCGCUUUUACCGAGCGUAUUCAAUUGUCAAGAGAAGUCCCUGGUGUGCACUAUUUACUGACAAUGACCUGCAAAUUCUGGAGUAUGUUGAAGACAUACGGCAUUAUUUUAGAAAUGGUUACGGACACCCCAUGAAUCGUCUACUCGGAGCAUCUGGUCUCAAAGACCUCUACGAAAAGUUUGAGGCAACAGUAUCUAGUGGUUACAAGUCAUUCAUCGGUUACUUCUCCCACGACACCAUGUUAGAUAUGAUCUACACCGCCAUGGGACUUUACUACGAUUAUCCAGAAAUUUCUGGUUUCGAGAGGAUCAGAAAUAGGAAAUGGCGAACUAGUUUCUUGACACCGUUUGUGGCUAAUUUUGUCGCAGUCUUACAUAGAUGUACAAAAAUGUCAACCUACAAGUAUAGGAUACAGUUCUUUGUGAAUGAAAAGGAGGUUCACAUUUGUGGCAAUCGAGUUUGCGGUUGGAACGACUUCAGAGAGAAAUUUGAACAAUUUUCCAAUGCCAGUAUUGAUUUCUGUGAUGAAUCGACAACAUUAUAUUACGUGUGAUA